CUUCCAUCAGACUGCAGAGAGCAGAGUGAUACGAGACACGGCUCGGGAUCUGAUUCGGGUUCUGCUGCUGCUGAGGUUCUGCUGCUGCUGAGGUUCUGAAGAUGGAGGUGGAUUUCAGUGGAAAGUGGGAGAUCUAUGAGCAGAGCGACCCGGGAGAAUUCCUCAAAGCCAUCGCUGCUCCUGAUCUGAUGGUGAAGAUGAUGAAGGAAGUGAAACCCGUUACCGUUAUAAAGCAGGACGGAGAAAAGUUUGAGGUUUCCGUUAAAACUCCGCUUCGCACCAACACCAACUCGUUCACCAUCGGCCAGGAGGCGGAGUUUACCACCAUGAACGGCAUGAAGUUCAAGGCGACGCCUCGGCUGGUUGAUGGGAAGAUGAUUAUAGAGACAGAUAAACUCACCAUCGUGAGGGAGAUCCAGGGAGAGGACAUGGUGGAGACUAUGACGGCUGGCUCUGCGACCCUCAUCAGGAAAAGCAGGAGAGCCUGAAAUUCACCUUAAAAAAAUAAAUUAAUGAAACUAAACCACGUUUACAUUACAAUAUAAGAGUUUUACAUGUUUGUGUUGAAUUGUAGAUCACUGUAGUUCAGCAGGUAAGCAUAAUAAUUAUACAGAUUAAAAUGUUUAAUUUGUUUAUGACUUCUAAACAAAAAUAAAAUAAAACACGCUGAAAGAAAAA